AUGUUGCCUCAAAUUGCCGUCGCCGCCCUUGUGGGCCUGACCGCCGCUGCCCCCACCGAAAAUCUGGUCGAGCGAGACGGCAGCUACGCCAGCUACGGCUCUUACAGCGGUGCUGGCACUGGCCAGAGCAGCUACGGAAAAUAUGCCAGCUACGGCUCCUACAACGGUGCAGGCGCAAGCUCGUCGGGUAGUUCGCAACUGCCUAUUGGCAUCGGUGCGCCAGCCUACAGCGCUGGAUCGUUCUCCGGCCCAGCCUCUGGAUCUAAGGCCCAGCCCUUCAAGUUCCCUCUCACCAACGGUUUCCCUAAUGUCGCCAUGGGCAGCCAGCAAUUGACGGACAUUGAGAAGCAGGCCAAGGGUACUUUGCCCAAUGGUCCUCUCCCAAGCAAGAUGUCCGACGCCACCGCGGCUAACUUCCAGUAAGUCUUCCAUACUCACAUGAACCGCAUCUUAAAUGUCUUGCUGAUCCUAUUGUUCACACAGAGUGAUCGCGUUCAACGAACUUUGGGAAACCGCUUUCUUCACCUCGCUUCUCCAGAACAUCACCGACGGUACCUACGACGUCGGAUCUGGUGCCGGCAAGCAGAUUAUUGUCAACGCCAUCACCGCAAUCCAGGCCCAGGAGCAGCUCCACGCCCUUGGUGCGAAUGCGAUCCUCCAGGCUGCAGGCCGCACCACCGUUCAGCCUUGCCAGUACAAGUUCCCGACCACAGACUUUGACAGCGCCAUUGCUUUGGCCAAGACCUUCACCGACGUUGUCGUUGGAACGCUCGGAGGUGCGCAGGGUGUGUUCGCCAGCGCCGGCGACGACGCCUACAUUCCCCUUAUUGGAUCCGUCAUUGGCCAAGAGUCUGAGCAGAUUGGCUACUUCCGCGUCGUCGGUGGCUUGAACCCAUCUGCUCUUCCUUUCCUCACUGGCUCCUCCGGCGUCUUUGCAUUCUCCUACCUCAACCAGAACAUCAUCGUUCCCGGCUCUUGCGGAAACCUCAACGCCAUCCCAGUUCCAAUCCUGCCUGCUCUUACGGUCGAGACUGCCAUGAUCAAGCCAGCGGACCAGGCCAUCACUUUCUCCUACACGGGCUCAGCCCCAACCAGCGACAUGCGCCUCGUCUACAUCAACCAGCAGAACACCCCCAUCGUCGUCCCCAUCUCCAACGCGCAGACCAGCGGCGGCAAGACGACCUUCCAGGCCAACUUCCCCUACUCGGCCAACCUGCUCAACAGCCUCACCAUCGCCGCCGUCACCAAGAGCGCCGGCCCCUUCUCCAGCAUCUCUGCCGUUGCCGACGCAGCCAUGUACGGCCCCGGUCUGAUUGAGGUCAUGUAG